AUGACGUUUUCAAAUCAAUCUCUGACCAAUGUCAGCACUGAACAGCAGUAUCAGGGAUUGCUGGAAAGGGGGUUAUUUUCCGCUCUGACUUCAGUGCCAUGCUUUGUGUUCCUCUUCAUUAAUGUGACCAUGCUUUUUACCCUGAGGAGUAAAUCAGUGUUUUGUGAGACCUCCCGUUACAUUCUUCUGUAUAACCUCCUUUUUGCAGACACUGCACAGCUGGUUGUGAGCCAGUUAUUGUACAUACUUGCUUUCUGUAGAAUGAAACUGACUUAUCCUGUAUGUGGUGCUCUGACCUUGAUUGCUGUUCUCGCAAAUGAAAUUUCUCCUCUCACACUAGUGUUGAUGUCUCUGGAGAGAUAUGUAGCUGUGUGUUACCCACUGAGGCACGCUACCAUCAUCACCACUAGAAACACAGCUGUGGCUAUCAUUGUAGUUUGGGCUUUUAGUUCACUAAAUGUUCUCAUUCGAGUUGUUUUGCUGUUAGAGUUUCCAUUUGAAGACCUGGAGAGCCUGCAGAUGAAAGACUUUUGCUCAAACAUAGCCAUGUCUAUUGGUCCAAUGUCUGUUGACUAUGACAAGGCCUACACUUGUUUUCUGUUUGUUUCAGCUGCUGUUGCAAUCACUUCUUCCUAUAUUGGUGUGAUGAUAGCAGCCAGGUCGGCCUCCACAGACAAAGCUUCAGCCCAUAAAGCUCGUAACACACUGCUGCUGCAUCUGGUGCAGCUGGGCCUCAGUCUCUCCUCAACCAUUUACACCCCAAUGCUCAUAGCUCUUUCGAAAUCUUUAGCAAGAUUAUUAUUUGUGCGUGUCCAGAAUGUUUUUUAUGUGUGCAUCUUCAUUUUCCCAAGAUGUCUGAGUUCUCUCAUUUAUGGCAUCAGAGACCAAACCAUCAGACCCAUCCUUGUAUACCAUCUAUGCUGUCGGCUGAAACUCUCAGCCAAGUCUGAGGUCUCCCCUUAG